AUGGAAAGCAAACAAAAUUUACUUUUCCUUCCAAAAACUUCUAUCUUACAAACUCCUGACUGGGAAAACCAAGCUAAAACGCUACAACACAAUCACCUGGUCACUGCUGCUGCUCCAGACCCUCUGAACGAUAAAGAAGAAGAUGAUGUGAACUCAGACUGCAGAGUGGAAGGAAACGGGGUUAGACAGGAAGAACUGGAGGGAGAUAGUGGAGUGGGAGAGGGUCGUCACGACCCAAAGAUGCCAACGAAGCGAAAUCCUAAGGGUCACUUCUCAUCUACAGAUAUUACUUCGCAAUCUCUUACUGAUUCCUAUGCUCUUCUCAAGCCAGAACAACUGGUAUCAAGAUUAGCUAGCUGCGCGUACUGUGCCAAACUAGAUCUUAAAGAAGAAUAUUUGCAAACUCCUUUCGAUGAAGACGCACAGUGGUUUCUGGUGACAAAUACUCCAAUCGGUCUCUGCCGUUAUAAAAGAUUAUCCUUCGGACUGAACAGUACACCGAGUGUGUUCCAGUUCUAUUUACAACAAUUAAUUCGGAAGGCUCCAAAUGCUGUGAACUACCUUGACAAAAUAAUUAUCCCAGACAAUACUCGACAGGACUUCUUACAGAAUUUGGAACCUUUUUUCAGAAUACUAUAUACGGCAAAUUUGAAAUGCAACAAAGACAAGUGCACCUUCUUUCAUGGAGUGCAAUACUUAGGUCACAUACUGUCUGAACAUGGCAUCAAGCAUACUGAUGCCAAUGAAAGCCUUUCUCAUUCCAAAGAAGUCAAACAGUUAUUUUCUGAAUUGGCACAAAUAAAUUACUAUCGGAAGUUUCUCCGUCAUGUCUUACGACUUAUAAUCCAAUCAAAAUUCUGGCAAGUGCUACAGAUGAUUCAGAUUAUGGCACACGUGCAGUUCUGUCAUAUUGACAUCAUGAUUCUGAACGACCACUUGCAUUUGCUUGAAAGAUUGACCGCGAGAAAAAUUAAUAAAUUUCGUGACUACAUUUACGGACGUAAAUUCAUCAUUCUCACCGAACACAAGCCUUUAGUGGCUGUAUUUGGACAGAACAAUUCCGUCCCUAAAAGGACAGCUCAACGUUUGAUGUUCCGGGCGCUACUUCUGUCGAAUUACGAUUUUGAAAUAAUAUUAUGGUCCACAGCACAACACGCAAACGCAGGUUUGCAAUCAGAUUUGGCAGCGGGGCAAGACAAAAAUUUUGGCUCACCAGUUGAUGGAGCGGCCAAUGAUAAGAAGGUACGUAAUCAAUCUUACUGGAAUAUGAAGUAUACAUUGACAGUGUACAAAGGUAGCAGUCUGGUACGUACAGAAUCAAGGAAAACACGAGUGGUUAUUCCUUAG